AUGGACAAUUUAUCAGAUGAUAUAUUGGUUGAGAUAUGGAGCCGCGUUCCUUGCAAGGUGGCUGUGAGAUGCAAAUCCAUCUCAAAGCGUUUCUUAUCUUUCAUCUCACAAGCCAACUUUAUCGAGAGAUUCAUCGAUCACCAUCAUACCCUCCUCCAACAAAUGAAGGAAGAGGAUCACGAGAAACAAUAUUACUUCAAUUUUGUCUCAAGGGGUAUUUUCCUAAUCUUGUUCUUACCCACCAUUCAUCUCUCUAAUCUUCAAACCCAAAACCAAUUAUACCUGGGCCCACAGUUCGAUCCUUACGAUGUAACAAAAGAAGACCCUCCUAGUACGAGGAUCCUAGGUUGUUCCAAUGGUUUGCUUCUCUGCAAGAAAUCAGAACAAGACAGAAUCUACUAUGUCUGCAACCCCAUCACCAAGGACUAUGUCCACCUCCCUCCUCUUCCCCCAUUUACUGGUCAAAAUCGUCGAGAUCGCGUGCUUGAAGGGUUCUUAUGCGAACCUUAUUAUCGUGUGGAGGGAGACAGGGUCAAGGUCAAUGUCAACCGUGCCAGUCCUAGGUUCAGGGUAGUGCGUAUUCCUUGCUUCGAUGGAACAGCGAAUGAUUUUCUUUAUGGUGUAACAAAGUAUGAGUUUGAAGUGGUGGUUUUCUCGUCCGAGACAGGGCAAUGGAGUACAAAGAUCGUGUCUUGUCCCAGUGGUUUCACUCAAACUAACGUUUGGGUGCCAGCGGUUGCACACAAAGGAAGGUUGUAUUUCAUGGGGAAAACGAGUCUUCUAGUGUAUGACCCUUUUAGCAAUGAUGGGAAAUCCGACACUGUUGAUUAUCCUGUAAUGUCAUAUCAAAGAAACGUUCCUCUUAGGUGUCAUGUUGGGGUGUGUUGCGGAAACAUUAGAAUUUGUGGUGUGUCUAUUGUUGAGAGUGUAGUACCCAAUGUGUCUUUCAGUGCGUGCGUGUGUGUGUGGGAUUUGAAAGAAGAGAGUGGGUGGCGUUUGGUGCACAAAACUUACAUUCCUCGCCAGGAGAUGGGGAAUUGUGUGAGGCCCGAGUUGGGGCCGGUUCAAGCUGUUGAGCUUCUUGGUAGAGGGGUGCAAGUGCGAGCUUUUCAUCCAUAUCAUGGAGAUGUUGUGUUCUUUCAGUAUGUUCACCGCAUAUUUGUUGGUAACUUGAAGACUAACCAGUUUGACACUGUUGGGUAUGGGAUUCAUGGGUUUCAAUCCUUGCAAACAAUUUCACUUGAUCUCCCAUGCUGGCCCACUCCACUUCCAUUCAUACCUUAG